AUGAGCGAUUGGGAAAACGAUGAUGACGUUCAACCCAGUGCUCCCGCCUUUGUUCCACGCCGUAAAUUCGAAGACGAGGAUCUGGAAGAUGAUGAUGUGAAGGAUGACUGGGAGGAGGAAGAUGAAGAGCCCAAGCCAGCGCCAGUGCCAGCGCCUGAACCGAAGAAACGCAUGUCCGUCAAACAGAAAAUCGCUGAGAAGGAAGCUAUGCGACAGAACGACACAGGCAAUGACUUCGAUGACUGGGACUUGGAGGAAUCCCAGGUCGACGAAACGGAGCAGCGACGUAAAGAGAAGGAAGCACAAAUGCGUUCAGAUCUCGAUAAUGCUGCCGCCUUACUUGGCAGUGCGUCUAUUGACGAAAAUAGGGAAGGAAAGAAUACGACUGAGUCAUCUGGAACGCUCGCAAGCGCCAAGCCAUCAAGCAAAGAAGACUGGGAGGCGUUUGCCAAGUCGCUGUAUGAGACGUUCAUCCAGCCCAAGGCCAGUCUGCCAGGCUUUGACAAGCACUUCUUUCCUCAGAUGCUUACUCUUCUGACCACACAAGGUCUGCGGGAUGUAGACAUGCGCAAGGGCUCUACGAAGUUGCGCGAGCUCGCAGAGAACAAGGUCAAAAUGGAUAAAGAAUUCAAGAAAACGGGCGGUAAUCUUAAGCGCCUGCAAAACAACAAGCCCAAGCAAGUGGUCACCAACCAUGCAAAGAACGACUUGGACCUCAAGGCAUACGGUGAUGAAGCCCUGGAUGAUGAUCUCGACUUUAUGUAG